CCGUCAACCUCAACAUCUGAUCUCUCCGUGAUGUGCAAGUAUGGUGUUGAUUCUACCUAUAUGCGCGCACACGCACGCGCAUGCCGCCCGUCGGGUCGACUGCCCAGCCAGUCAGCCUCUCGAAGAAGCGCGAAGGCAACGGCACGAAGGCGCUCGCUAGCCAUCAUGACUUUCCAUGCAGCCAAUGAUUCGACCAGUACCGGCCGGCAACGAGUCGAGGCGCCGCAGACUAGAUACAAACAUGGCAUCACGGCCUCAGUUAGCACUGGGUCUUGAUUCGAUCCGGAAAUAGCCCUUGUGUCCCGCCCAACGGUCAACCAACUAGUCAGGUCUCCGCGUAAAAAUAUUGGCUAAGCUGCAUCCUGUGCGGGUUGCGGUUACAGUAAGGCAUAGCCUCGCUCGCCCGCUCGCUCACUUCUUCACACAUCGCUCCCCAGUGCUGAACACCAAAAAUACUACUGGUCCCGUUCCUCCCCGUGCGUUUUCUUCUCUCCCUUCCCCAUUCUUGCUCUCGCCGUGCCACGUAUUUCUAGCCCACCCCCGCUUCCCCCCUGAGUGUUUCGUGCGAGGGAGGAGGGAGAACAGAAUCAUCGCUGGCGGGACGAUCCUACCGAACGAACACCCCAGUGCCUAGCCGCGGCCGGCGCCCUCACCCAGUAGUAGUAUGGCAUGGGAAUUGUCGUCACAAUGGUCGCCGCGAUGGAGCUUGUCGCAACUCCUCCUCUUCACCAGGCUCCUGCAGGCGUCGGGGACGCUCGUCACCGCUAUAAUGAACGGCUUCCUCCUCGCCUAUGUCCACCUGAACCGACUCGGUCUGGCGAAUAGUAUGUUUUGCUUGGAAAUGAUGAUCUGCGUCGCAUUCAUCUAUUCGAGUAUUGUGCUAUUAAUGCAACAUGUCGGCAGCCGACGGCAGAGAACGAGCACGACGCUGAUCGCCGUAUUCGUCGUCGGCGACCUGAUGUUCAACGGUCUGACGAUUGCUAUCAUAACCCUGCUGGCGCGAGCGGGACUGCCCUCGGACUGCCAUGGGCUAACACGAACGAACGUGGAGCCCGGCGACGCCCCCGACCUCCCGCGUGAGGGGUUCGACACGAUACGAUUCGGCAACAAAGAGCGUGGUGAGAAGGGGCAACUGGACAGAUACUGUUCCAUGGAACGGGGCUUCUACUGCAUUGCCGUGGCACUAGUGUUUACCUAUACGAUUACGGUGGUCUUGGCCGUGCUGCGGAUCUUCGAGCGGCGCUGGACAGGCCAAGACCGAUUACACACCUUCGCUUCGGUAGACAACGUAUAUCGGCUCGAUCACGUAGGGUCGAAGGUCAACAGUCCCAGUACGGGUAGGGCCCCGGAGAAUCUCGAGCCGUCGACCGAAGGAGUGAUGCCGGCACCCAGGACGAGCCCCAUCUUACGGAUCCCACCGGUCGUCGUUCCGUCCGGCGGCGCACCCGGACCUCGCGUACCCCACGGCCAAGCGCAGUCGGAGCCGUUCCCCGUCUCGCCCGUCUCCGCCGCCUCCCCGACCUCUCAGGUGUCUCCUAUUUCCACCGUGGCACGCCACCACACCUCGUUCGCCUCUUCGGCCGCGCUGGACGCGUCGAUAGGGGGCUUAAUGGUGAAUCAUACUAUGGAGUCCACGGCAGAAGCGGCCAUGAUCACUGACGGAUAUCGUCACCCACCGCAGCCCGGGAUGCCGUCGCUGCCGCCCUACUCGCCCGGCCAAUCCCAGGGGCGGCUCAUGGUCGGCCACGGGGACGAAUCGAACGAGAUUCGGCUGAGCGGGUACGUGAAAGGCGAAACGAGAGCGCAGGAAAUGAAGGACUCGGGACAUGGUAUAUAGGAUGGGAUACAUCCUCGUCCUUUUUUUCCCUUUUAUCUACUGAGGGACAAAACUAGUCGGAGCUGCUUUCGGGAAGAUAGAGAAAGCAGCUGUGUAAUUGUCGUUGUAUUCUGUGUUUCCACGAGCGAUGGCGCCAGGGUUCGGUAUUUUGCCCCCGCUUUACUACAGGUCCCCCUAGCCGGGAGGAUAAUAGGAGAUGCACAGACAUCUUCGCCGACUGCGUGCAGAUAUGUAUCAUACGAAAUUCAAUAUGCCUACACCCACGAUGUAUUCAUAAUGGAUGAGGGAAAAGCGAGAGAGAAAUGGAAGGGAUUCCAGAAGAAGACGGGGGAGCAAGCAGCGAUGACCUCCUCGCUAGGUGCAC